AAUUAGGCACCAAUUUGACAAGGAAAAAAGGUACUACCUAGUUUUUAGUGGGUUAGCGGAUCCCACAUGACCCGCUAACCCGAAUUAGACCAAUUCGGUUGAUUUUCCCCUCCACAAGACAGCAGCUGCCACCGACGGGUAUAAAAACAAUUUUGUAAAGGCAAUAAUCCAUCGGAGAGAAGUUUGUUGAGCUAAGCAAACCAAAAAAUCAAAAAUGGAGAGGCGUCAGAGUGAGGAAGAAUUGAAGCAGAAGCUUCAAGAAUUGCAGAAGCAGUUGGGAAAGAAACAAAUAUUUGAGGAAGCUGUUUCCUCUAUCCGAUCCCUUCUUCUUCAUUAUUAUCCUUCUGCUUCCCCUUCUCUUCGUCAUUCGUUCUAUACGGUUGUAUGCCGGGUCGCCACCAUUUUAAAGACAAGAUACACAAUGCCUGGAUUCUGGAAUGCUGGGCUUCGGUUAUUCCUUGAGGCUGAGCAACUGGUGUCAGAGUCUUCUGAAAAGAAACAUUUGCAAAGUUGCAUUAGUCAGGCACGAGAGCAAUUAGCUGAAGUACAGAAUGAAUCUCUAAAUACAACAGCUACAGUAAAUGGCUCAAAUAGAAGUACUGGAUACCUUUUUGAGGGGCAUCUAACUGUUGACCCUGAGCCUGAGCAGCCUGGUUGGCUUGUGCAGUCUAAUCUUCUCGCUGCUGCUGCAACACUGUUUGCUGGCGAAUCCUCUGAAGGUCAUUUAGCCAGUGCUGACGCUUCAGAAGGUGCUCGCAACGUACUUGAGGAGCUGGUUGCUAGACUAGAUAAUAUAAUCCCAGAGAUACUGGACGAUGGUCCUGCUGCCCCGAGAGCACCACCUGCCAGUAAAAAAGUUGUGGCAAACCUCCCAGUUACUACAGUCACAGAUGAGUUCUUGAAGAAGAUGGGUGCAGAUGCGGAAUGUGCAAUUUGCAGGGAAGUGUUAGUUGUAGAUGACAAGAUGCAAGAGUUGCCCUGCAAGCAUAUGUUUCACCCUCCUUGCCUGAAGCCAUGGCUGGAUGAGCACAACUCUUGUCCAAUUUGUCGGCAUGAGUUGCUCACAGAUGAUCAUCACUAUGAAAGCUGGAAGGAGAGGGAAAAGGAAGCAGAGGAAGAAAGAAAAGGAGCUGCUAAUGCAGUUCGUGAGGGUGAAUACAUGUAUGUAUAAUGCACAAUACUCAAAUGCAAGUGAACAGCAAGCAGAUGGAUCGUAUAUGGAUGGUUUUUCAGGAAGUUAAAGGACUACGAUAAUGAAUUCUCUAAAGUCUUGAGAACAAGUAAAAUAUAAUGCAAGUGACGUUGAGCUAACCGAUGUACCAAGUUACUGGAGAACAUUUGAUUAGAAUGCUGAAACUCUUUGUGCCAUUCUUUUGAAUAUUUUUAUUCAUACAUAUUUUUGGUCAAAAGUCGUCAUGGUAAUUUGAUUCACCAUCAUAGCUCUUUAGACUUGGUCCACUCUAAGUGUGAUCAAACCCUGCCUAUCUGGGUGAUUCCGAACAAUUUAAGCAUAAUUUGUUGUGAUGUAAGACUCAAAAACGUUUCACUGUUGAUCAGCUGAUGCGGUUUCAGGGAUUCAAGCUCUGACUCAGCUAAUUGGUCAUCAGUUUACUUGAACUAGCUUUCGACUCAA